UCAUAAAUUAAUAAAUAAUCGAUGUUUCAAAAAAAAUUUUUUUACUGUAAUCGGUUUUCUAAAUAUUUUGAGAAAGCGCACCUUGGUGCUCUCGGGUUAUUGAAAGAAAUGCAUCAGGUAACCUGUACGAGUUGCGAAAAAAAUAUACUUCUAAUUGAAAAAACGAUGCUUCAUUCGAAUUAGAAAUGGCAAAGAGGACACAACCAGCACGGCAUCUGCCAGAUAGGAAGGACGCCCCCGUGCUGCGAUUGUACAACAGUCUGACGAAAGAAAAGGAAGUGUUUGUCCCGCAGUUUGGAAAUCGCGUUUCGUGGUACAGUUGUGGACCUACUGUUUACGAUGCGUCGCACAUGGGCCAUGCAAGGUCAUAUAUAUCUUUUGAUAUUUUACGCCGUGUAAUGUCAGACUAUUUUAAAUAUGAUGUCUCAUAUGUGAUGAAUAUUACUGAUAUAGAUGAUAAGAUUAUAAAAAGAGCAAGGCAGAACUACUUGUACGAAAAGUACAUGGAAGAAAAUCACAGCCUUAAUGGAAUAUUAGAUGACAUCAGAGAAGUAAUGACUAAUUUUGAGAAUGUUGUAAAAACUACAAAUUGCGCUGAUAAAAAGUGCAUGUUAGAGAAGAUGUUUAAUAGAAUAACGAAAGCUAUUGAAGAUCUGCAGAAGGCGGUGAAAGAGAAGGAUGAAAAAAAGAUCUUAGAGUCUCAAGAAGCAUUAUUGAGAGAGGCUAGAGAUCCCUUAGCUAAUUGGUUAGAUGAUAUUAAAGGUAGCACAGUCACAGAACACUCCAUAUUUAAUAAAUUAUCACAGCAUUGGGAAGCGGAAUAUCAUAAAGAUAUGGAUGCUUUAAAUGUAUUAAAACCAAACGUGCUCACGAGAGUUAGUGAAUAUAUACCUGAGAUAAUAGCGUUUGUACAAGGAAUAAUAGGCAAUGGAUUUGCUUAUGAAAGUAAUGGAUCAGUAUAUUUUGACGUAAGCAAGUUUGAUAAACAAGAGAAACAUUUUUAUGCUAAGCUUGUACCAGAAGCAUAUGGCGAUACGUCAAGUUUGGAAGAGGGAGAAGGUGACUUAAGCAUUACGGCAGAUAAGCUCUCUGAGAAGAAGUCGGCAACAGACUUUGUGCUCUGGAAAAGCUCAAAGGCCGGUGAACCCUGGUGGGACAGUCCCUGGGGCAAAGGACGUCCAGGAUGGCAUAUCGAAUGCUCAGCCAUGGCGUCCGCAAUUCACGGAAAAAGUUUAGACAUUCAUACAGGCGGGGUGGAUCUUAAAUUUCCCCAUCAUGAUAAUGAACUCGCACAAGCGGAAGCGUAUUUUGAUAAGCCCUAUUGGGUCAGUUAUUUCUUGCACUCUGGCCACUUGACUAUAGCUGGUUGCAAAAUGUCAAAGUCGCUAAAGAAUUUUGUGACGAUACAGGACGCUUUAAAGAAACACUCGAGCAGGCAGCUCAGACUUGCCUUCCUUCUGCAUUCAUGGAAAGAUACUUUAGAUUACAGCGAUAAUACUAUGAAUAUGGCUGUGCAGUACGAAAAAUUUCUUAACGAAUUUUUUUUAAAUGUAAAAUGUAGGAUCAGAAGUUACAGUUUUACUAAAUGGUUCAAUUCCGAACUAGAACUAAAGGAGAAAUUUCAAUUUGCAAAGGAUUCUAUAAAUCUAGCAUUAUGCGACAAUAUCGAUACGAGAACUGUUCUUGAUUUAAUACGGGAGCUCGUGGCAAAUUGCAACGUGUACAUGAAUCAACGUAAAAAUCCAAAUACGGUUCUUCUCAGCGAGAUUGCGAAGUAUAUUACUAAAAUGUUUAUAAUUUUUGGGGCUAUUUCUUCCUCGUAUGACUCAAUCGGAUUUCCAAUUGAUGACGAGGCAGUCAGUAAAAAUGUUGAAGAGACUGUUAUGCCAUAUCUUGAAAUUCUGGGAAAUUUCCGAGAGAAAGUUCGAAAUUGCGCGAAAACCUUGAAGGCAAACGAUAUUUUGCAAGAGUGCGAUCGAUUGCGCGAUGAUAUUUUGCCGAACGUCGGCGUGCGAUUAGAAGACAGUAAUGAAGGCGCUUGUAAAGUAAAAUUAGUUAACAGGGAAGAGUUAUUGAAGGAGAAAGAAAUUAAAAAGAAAUUG